AUGAAUCCCUAUACGAUGUUUGGAGCGACGAGUCAACGACUGGCCACUUCAGAAAUGCAAUCCGAGCCCUCGCUCUCACCCUCAAUGAUAGACAGCGCAGUCAUACAGAGCGGCUCAGGUCAGAUCCAAUUGUGGCAAUUUCUUCUGGAACUCCUGUCAGAGAGCGGUAACGCCAACUGUAUUACAUGGGAGGGAACUAAUGGAGAAUUCAAAUUAACAGACCCCGAUGAAGUGGCGCGAAGAUGGGGUGAGAGGAAGAGUAAGCCAAACAUGAACUACGAUAAGCUGAGUCGAGCGCUGCGUUAUUACUACGAUAAGAACAUAAUGACCAAGGUGCACGGCAAACGAUACGCGUAUAAAUUUGAUUUUCAGGGCUUAGCGCAGGCGACGCAACCCACGGCUGCCGACCCCUCCGCAUACAAAGCCGCCUAUCAAUCGGCCGACCUAUUCAUGCACCCGCCGCCCGGCUAUCCCCACCACCCGGGCUCCGCAGCCAAACACCUCAACUUUGCGGCGGCCGUUCACAGCGGGAUGUCUCCGUCGGCUUCUGGUAGUAUAUUCCCGUCGGCCUCCUCUUACUGGACGAGUCCGGGCGCGGCCGCCAACCUCUACUCGAAUAUAGCUGCGGCGUCGGCCACCCACCACUCGAUGCCCCACCACCACCACCCCUCCCACGUCACCUCACAUAUUGGCUCCUAUGCUCACUACGCGUGACAAUGAAUCUGACCAUCACUUUGACUCUUGUCAUCAAAUUGCCACCAAAACUCAAUUCAUGAAAGGUAUGGCCCGUAAGGACUCAGCGGUUGAUUAGUUUUACUAUACAUUUGUUUUAUAUAUGAUAAACAAUCUUCUGUUUUAUGAAACGGUUUUCAAUGUCUAACAAACAGAUCUCUAACUG